CCGUUUCUCACUUCAUAAAAAGGGCGCUUCAUUCUUACACUGUUGUAGGCGUCAAGCUACGAAAUGAAAGAGAAACACGUACAGAAAACACGCAUACAACAACAGUGUCACGCACAGAAGAGACACGCACAACGAAGACACCAUCAGCAACGACACGCAAAACAGAUACACGCGCAGUCACGACACGCACAACAGAGACACGCACAUCAAAGACAAACACAACCUCUCAUUUGGCCGAAAACCAAUUACGAGAGAUAGACGACGCUACCAUUUCACCUUUGCAAAAAUCCAAAGAAUGCACGCUUUCAAACUCUACUAGUACAGGUCCUCGCUCUAAAACAGAAAAUUUGAGCUCAUUCGAUGCUUUGCCAUUAUUAUCAAACCGCUUUGUAGCUCUAAACUCAAACGACACGCCGACCGCUAAAGAUAAUCUUGACGAUAUUGAUUCAGAAUCUUCAUCCGUCCUUUCCCAAGAUACCGCGUACGGAUCAAGUCAAGACUCGGUCCAAGCUCUAUCUACACCAUCAACAUUGCUUUAUAAUGAAGUAGACGCCUGUACGACGGAUUCUGACCCAAAUCGUGAAGAAACUGAAGGUGAUGGAAUUGAAGAGGAUGGUUGGACGACGGUAACCACGUCCAAAAAAUCUAAAGAGGAAACGAUCUCUUGGGGGAGGGUCUUAAGCAACAAGAGAAAAGGGGAACGUCAUGCAAAAUCCAGUGAAAAAUUUCGUCCCCCACCUGAUGGAGUUAACAACGGCCGGUAUAAAGUGUGUCGCAGGUUUGAGGAAGGUUAUUGUUACCUAAAGAAGAAGUGUACUUUUGCACACGGCCAGGGAGAGUGCGAUUAUUGGAAAGCUUUAUAUCGCAAACAAACUCACGAUAUUACACACCUUGAAGAGAAACAGUCCAUGGCAGAAAGUUUUGGAGAAAAGGUCCGGCGUAGAGUCAAACAGGAAGGUUUAUGUCAAGUGCUCAAACAAAAUCUCCUUGGUGUGACAUUGACCUGUAGUUCAGAGAGGCAAUUGAAACUAGUUAAAAUAGAUGGUGGUCAGGUCGAACAUACGUGGAUAUUUGAAGUUCGUAUUCAGAGAAAAUAUCAACUACUGCUUAGCGAAGUCGCCUUCUUAUUGGAGACCCAUUUAGACAAAUUCAAACUCCUGUGCCGUAGUAGUGGGAGGCAAAAGCAACCACCAGACUGGCAUAAUGCUCGUUUUGUUGAGGAGGAUUUUGUUGAAAGCGUAGCUGAAAAUGAGUCGGCGGUACAAUUUCGUGUUCAAUUCGCGUCCGGGGUUUUUGGUGAUUUCGAACAGAAGUUAGUAUUUGGUUUUGGCAGUGAUGAUGUACUCGUUUAUUCACUUAUUGUGUCGGUUGUGAGCAAAGAUUCUUCUAAAGAAGAGACUUCUUCACGUACAAGAUAUUGUCGCAUCGCUGAAUGGUCUGUGGACAAAAUGGAAUUGGUUCGGUGUAAAGAACUGAUGGGAAUGGAUCUGAAUGGUUUGUGUGAACGGUACAGCAUUCCAGAUGACUUGCCUGUUCCAUCAGAGUGUUCAGAUUUGUCACGUGAAACAUACUGCAAUACUUGGCAUAAAAUCUUGUUUAUUGAAGAACAACACAUUCAGACAGAGGUCUCAAGAUAUGAUAUACAAGAUGGUGUGAUGAAGGUAGUAAAAUACUCCAAAUUAACCAAAGAAAGAUCAUUCGCUAAUGCAGUUUCUGGUGAAUUGUUUGGAGAAAUCGUUCUAUCUGAUCACCUGAUUAUGGACGAAGUUGCCGGUCAUAUUAUUAACCGCUCAGUAACGUCAGUGAUCUUGCGACCAAAAAAGAGAAAGUCUUCCAGAAAGAAAGUAUACGAAUGUAUAAUCAAAUCAAAGACGUCCAAAUCUGUUGUUAUACAAUUGAAUAAGGAGUUAUGCAAAGAUUUUAGUCUUACUAAAGAUCAAAAGGUCGAAAUCGAUCUUAAAUUUAGAUACAACCGUCUUCCGCUGUGUGAAAUGCAUGAAGCAGUUGAUAUGUGUAAACACAAAACUGACAUUCUGCUUCCAAAUGUAAAGAAUGUGUCGUAUAAGUUUAAGAAAUCAAUCCCUGACUGGUAUCUGGACCAAAAACCAAACACAAACCAACACGAGGCGAUUGCGAUGAUCCUCGAUCCCAAUCCCACUCCGCCAAUUCUCGUGAUUGGACCGUUUGGCACAGGAAAAACAUUCACCCUUAGCCUCGCUUGUGUGGCAAUCCUUAGCCAAUCAGAAAGCAACAAAGUCCUCAUUUGCACCCAUUCAAACACCGCAGCCGACAUCCAUCUGGGGCAUUUGGAUAAAAAAAUACAAGAUCAAAAAACAUCUUUGAGUAUUCGACCCCUGCGAGUGCUCAAUCUUUCUCGGAAUGUUAUGGAUGUUCCUGAAAAACUACGGAAAUAUUGUAACAUUAAAGAGGAGAGCAACGAUACGCGGGAGCUAACAGCAAAUGAUAUUCACGAUAACAACGUUAUCAUUACGACUCUUUCGGUUGCACGUGUGUUGUGGAAGUUCUGUCAAAACAAUGAAUUGCGUUUUACGCAUAUAUUAGUUGACCAGGUGACCCAAGCUCUCGAACCCGAGUGCCUUGCCCCGCUUGCAAUGGCUGAUGGGAAAACAAAGAUAGUCUUGGCAGGAGAUCACAAACAGAUGGGUCCACGAGUUUAUUCAAAAUCGAUAUGGACUAAAAGGUUUGGUCCAAGAAUAUCUCUUCUCGAAAGAUUAUUCGCACAUUACGAACAAUGCAAACAAACUUCAAACGAGCGUGAUAGAAACUUUGAUGGAAUACCUUAUGUAGUGUUGCUCAGUGAAAACUAUCGCUCCCAUGCAAAGAUACUCGAGUUUCCAUCUUAUAACUUUUACGGUGGCAUGUUGGUUGCCAGGGGCGACCAGAGCACGCACGAAGUCGUACCAGUUCUCUCGUUUUACACCGCACAGGGUGUGGAUAGAAAAGUUGAAGGAGGUUUAGCGUACUACAAUGACGCCGAGGUGGAUGAAGUUGUAGCAAGAGUCAAAAAACUUGACGUUCUUUGGCCAGAAGGUUGGCCUAGGAAGAUUGGAGUUAUCACACCAUAUUUUGAUCAGGUAAAACGAAUUAGGGAUAUUUUAUCGAAGGAAGGUCUUGACUAUGUUGAUGUUGAAACUGUUGAAAAUGUCCAAGGGAAGCAAUUCAAGGCGCUGUUUAUUAGCACCGUAAGAACGAUGUGGACUUGUUCUUUGAUCGAAGGACGAAACUCUGAUCCUUCCGAACUUGAUUUUGGAUUUCUUUCCGACCCACGUUUUUUAAACACUGCCGUGACUCGUGCCCAGUCCUUGCUCGCCGUCGUCGGAGAUCCGAUGUCGCUAUGCAGUGUGGGUGCGUGCAGAGAUUUGUGGAAAGAUUAUCUCAAACGUUGCGAGAAAAACAAAGGUCUUCACGGCUGCACACUAAAGACGGUGAUGGACUACUGUCUUCGUUCCCAGCCUCUUGACCCGAGCGCUCAUGAAUUUAUAUCGUCAUCAUCGAAAAGAUGAAAUCAGUAUACAAAGUAUUAUUAUUACGAAUACGGUUAUUUUAAUAAUUAUGGUGACGAUAAUAAUGAUGAUUAUAAUAAUGAUU